AUGUCGUUAGCACCAAGAUUUGGUGUGUCUCACACCAUUUUGGCUUCGAAAGCUUUAGAACCUUCCUCAGCUGCCAAGGGCAACGUCGUGGAGUUAUACCUGGACUACUGCUGCCCCUUUAGUCGCAAAUUGUACGUCAAAUGGGUAAAGGAUGUGAUUCCUGUGAUCGAAAAGAAGCUGGACAAGAAGUUUGAAUUCAAAUUGCUGCAGGUUGCGCAGCCAUGGCAUCCAUCGUCCAUUUUGAUGCACGAAGCGGCUCUCGCUGUCGCACAGACAGAACCCGCACGCUUCCAGGACUUCAGUAUGGCUCUUUUUGAAAAACAGCGAACUUGGUUUGACGAAAACUGCUUCAACAAGACGCGCCGCGAGAUAUAUGAAGAAUUGGCCUCGCUAGCUGGGGAAGUCGGGGCCUCCCCAGACCAGAUCCUGCGUGCGCUGACCAUUGACGAGCACAAAUUGGACGAACAGGGCCAGGCCACCAACACUGGCAACAAAGUGACCAAAGAUCUCAAGUAUUUCACCCGCUACCACAGACAGAAUGGCGUGCACAUGACGCCUACCGUAGCGGUCAAUGGAAUCAUUCUCGGAACCAUCGGUAGCGGAAAUGCGCCGGAGGAGGUUAUGGAACUGUUGGAUGGUGCUACGUCGUAA